AUGUCUGAAGCCCUAGAUGUAAAUGCGCCAAGUCCAAAAUCUAAGCUUAUGUUAAGUGAUUUUAACACCUGUCGUACUUUGGGAACCGGCUCAUUUGGCAGAGUUCAUCUUGUACAGUCUAAAUAUAAUAAUAAAUUUUACGCAAUGAAAGUAUUAAAGAAAUCAGAAGUGGUUAGGUUGAAACAAGUGGAACACACAAACAAUGAAAAGAAUAUAUUAGAACAAGUUAAUCAUACAUUUUUAAUCAAUCUUUGGGGCACUUUUCAAGAUUGUUCUAAUUUAUAUAUGAUCAUGGAUUAUGUGGUUGGUGGUGAACUAUUUACUGUACUGAGAAAAACUCAGCGUUUCCCAGAUCACGUUGCAAAAUUCUAUGCUGCCGAAGUAAUUUUAGCAUUCGAGUAUUUACACUCGAAAGAUAUGAUUUAUCGUGAUUUAAAACCCGAAAAUUUACUACUAGACAAUACUGGGCAUAUAAAAUUAACGGAUUUUGGGUUCGCCAAACAUGUACCCGACAUAACGUGGACAUUGUGCGGCACACCUGACUAUUUGGCCCCCGAAAUUAUACAAUCAAAAGGUUAUGGAAAAGCGGUAGAUUGGUAUUCAUUAGGUGUAUUAAUAUUCGAAAUGUUGGCUGGUUAUCCACCAUUCUACGAUGAAGAUCAUAUGAAAUUAUAUGAGAAAAUAUUGGCCGGUAAAAUAAAGUAUCCAUCAUUUUUUGAUGUGAUGGCAAAAGAUUUGUUGAAAAGGUUAUUGACCAGUGAUUUGAGUAAACGGUAUGGAAAUUUGAAGGGUGGUAGUGCAGAUAUUAAAAAUCAUGGAUGGUUCAAAGGAGUUGAUUGGGAACGACUUGCACGACGAGAGGUGACUGCACCAUAUAUUCCACAUUUCAGUGGAGAAGGUGAUACUAGAGAAUUAUAUUCAUAA